CGCGCUCAAGUACACCAUGCCCCCUACGCGUCCGGUGAGCGGGUCCGCAGGGAUCCAUGACAUCGUCAGCUACCCCGCGCCAGAAGCAACCCAGAUUAACGGAUUGCUCGUCGGUAGCAGUGACACAUUAGCGGCCAGCGCCACGCUACCCCCUUAAGCGGAUGCCAACCUCUUGGGCUCUUUAAGUGGCACCGCGGGGUCGAGUCCUUCUGCGGUCGACCGCGGAGGAUCCGUCCCCAAGCGUAGGAAGGGGAAUAAAUCCAAGAAGCUGCCAGCUUCAAGUGGCAAGAAGCCUUCCGCUAUACUUGACUGGACCGAGAGCAUGGUGCGGGAUCUGAUGACGCUGCGUUUUGACACCUACGCGGACCGCUUUAGCAGCGCAAAAAACAAUGCAGCCCUCAAGGUAACGUGGCUUCUUCUCGCCACGGACAUGAGUGAGCGGCAGAAGACACCGAUCUCGACCGAGCAAUGCAAAAACAAGCUGAAAUGGCUGAAGCGCAAGUGGGCGGAGUACAAGGCUGACUGUCGCGCUACAGGAAACAGAGAGGAAGAAGUUGCAGAACCAACAGGGCUGGAUCUGAUGGAGCAGUUCUGGGCUAGCUCUGCUGGCAUGGAUGGCCACACACUAGCCGAUAGUGAAGCCGACGGAGGUCCACUCUUGUCAUGCGACGAGGAAGAGGAGGAGGAGUUGGGGAAGCAGACAUCAGGCCAAAAGAACAAGAAGCGAAAAACCAUAGGCGACUCGUUUGAAAUCGGGAUGCAAUCGAUUGCGGAAGGCUUUCAGGCCAUGGCGGCAGCCAUGGCACCAGCUCAACAGGCGGAGAAAGGCAUGGACACCGCCGUAGGUGACCUGAUCGACAGCCGCUUCCGUACGAUGAUGCAGCGUCAGGAUGAACAGUUGGUGCAAAUGCAGCUUCAAAAUCAGAAUCUUUCCCAGCUAAUAGCGGCUUUACAGCGUAGGGAUUAAGUUGAGUGCCAGUGGAAUGUCAACGAUGCAGCAC